CUCCGUUGGUCCUCCUCUUCCGCGUGAGGCUCGAGGAGCCCCCAGUACUGCCCUCCUCGGCUCGUACUGCCUUUUAAAGCAAACCCACACAGUCUGCUGUUCCCCACUCGGCCAGAGGACGGGACACGGUGAGGAGCUGCUGAGUCGUUCAUUCCCUCUCCUGUCGUCACCCCUUCGUCCUUGUUGUUUUGUUGCCUUUUUAUUUGUUAACGGUUAGCUAGUCUCAGUCAUGUAUCGGUAUUUCGGGGAGCUGCUGAGCCGCUCUGCGGGUAGUGCUCUGGCCUCGGGGUGCGUGGACUCCGCUCUCCCGGUGUCCUCGUCCCUAAUGCGGGUCCGCCACUAUGCCGACGCUGCUGACAAACCCGACGAUCCCAACUUCUUCAAGAUGGUCGAGGGCUUCUUUGACCGCGGCGCCGCCAUCGUGGAGGACAAGCUGGUGGAGGACCUGAGGACCAGGGAGAGCCCCGAGCAGAAGAGGAACCGUGUGCGGGGAAUCCUGCGCAUCAUCAAGCCCUGUAAUCACGUCCUGAGCGUGUCUUUCCCAAUCAAGAGGGAUAAUGGAGAGUGGGAGGUGAUUGAGGGAUACCGUGCCCAGCACAGCCAGCACAGGACACCAUGCAAAGGGGGUAUCCGUUACAGUACAGAAGUGUCUGUGGAUGAGGUCAAAGCCCUGGCCUCUCUGAUGACAUACAAGUGUGCUGUUGUUGAUGUGCCAUUUGGGGGAGCCAAAGCUGGAGUCAAGAUCAACCCCAGGAAUUACACUGAUAACGAGCUGGAGAAGAUCACAAGGAGAUUCACUAUCGAGCUGGCCAAGAAGGGUUUCAUUGGACCUGGCAUCGAUGUCCCUGCCCCUGACAUGAGCACAGGAGAGAGAGAGAUGUCCUGGAUUGCUGACACAUAUGCCAACACCAUCGCACACACUGACAUCAACGCCCACGCCUGUGUGACAGGAAAGCCCAUCAGCCAGGGAGGAAUCCACGGACGUAUCUCAGCCACCGGUCGUGGAGUUUUCCACGGCAUCGAGAACUUCAUCAACGAGGCGUCCUACAUGAGCAUGCUGGGCCUCACACCCGGCUUCCAGGACAAGACCUUUGUCAUCCAGGGCUUUGGUAAUGUGGGUCUCCACUCCAUGAGGUACCUGCACAGGUUCGGGGCUAAGUGUGUGGGCAUUGGUGAGAUCGAUGGAUCCAUCUACAACCCAGAGGGCAUCGACCCCAAACAGCUGGAGGACUACAAACUGAACCACGGCACUAUCGUGGGCUUCCCAGGAGCCAAACCCUACGAUGGGAACAUUCUGGAAGCCGACUGCCACAUCCUGAUCCCUGCAGCCGGAGAGAAGCAGCUCACACGUGUCAACGCCCCCAGGAUCAAGGCCAAGAUCAUUGCUGAGGGUGCCAACGGUCCCACCACCCCUGAUGCUGACAAGGUGUUCCUGGAGAACAACGUCAUGGUUAUUCCUGACAUGUACCUGAACGCUGGUGGUGUGACGGUUUCAUAUUUCGAGUGGUUGAAGAAUCUCAACCAUGUCAGCUAUGGAAGACUGACCUUCAAAUAUGAGAGGGACUCAAACUACCAUCUGCUCAUGUCUGUCCAGGAAAGUUUAGAGAGGAAGUUUGGCAAACAAGGAGGACCUAUCCCUGUUGUUCCCACCGCUGACUUCCAGGCCAGAGUUGCUGGUGCCUCUGAGAAAGACAUUGUUCACUCUGGGUUGGCCUACACCAUGGAGAGAUCUGCCCGGCAAAUCAUGCGCACAGCAGCCAAGUACAACCUGGGUCUGGACCUCCGGACGGCUGCCUACGUCAACGCCAUUGAGAAGGUCUUCAAAGUCUACAAUGAGGCUGGGCUUACCUUCACAUAAACGGCCAAAACGCGUCCUCUUCUCCCAACCCUCCUGCCAUUGAUCUCCCUCUCCUGCACCCCCUCCCCUCUUCUCAACAGCCUUCAGAACAUAUCACUGUUUACUGCUGCUCUUUGGCUCUUUCACACACACACACACACACACACACACACACACACACACACACACACACACACACACACACACACACACACACACACACACACACACACACACACACACACAAACAGCGACAACAUUGGCUUGCCUUGUAUUUAUCCUGUGAUCUCUGUGCUGCCAUCGUCCUGAAUCUGCCUCUCUGUUAAGAUGUUUCCCUUUUGUUGUUUUCGCCUGAGGUUGUAUUGAGGUAAAAAAAAAGAGAUUAACAUCCUGCUAGAAUGAAAGACCCCGUCCCUCCCUCGGCCCUCAUGUAAAUGUUUAUGAUAUCGUUGUUUGGCAGCCGUGUUCAAAGCGCCAUUUUUGUGAUCGCUGAAAUACACGUGUGACCCCACUGUUGCGGUUAUUUCAGUAAACAGCACUACAGAUGCCUUAUUUCAGUAAGAGGUGUGCUCUGAAACGACACGGUCUCUUAGAUUUUAUUUUAAUUAAAAGGGAUUUAGUUUUAGCUUCAUCUGAAUAAAAGAGAAUUGUAAUUUUAUGACUCUUGAGUUUCUACUUGAACUUCAGGUGUUAGAAGUUAGUAGCGAAGUUGCCAAGAUUUAAGAUUCCCAACAAGGAUUUUUUUUGCUAUGGUCAGUGUAUUUACUGUUCAAGAUUAUCCACAUCCCCUCUUUUCUUCCCGGUUUUCCCGUAGCUUUGUCUCGAAUAUUAAAAGCAGCUUCUCCCCGACUCCUCCACUGGCCAAGACAGAAGAGCAGGGAGGGGGCUUGGUGUCUCUGUGACUGCCUUUCCCCCUGUUUGCAACAUUUUGCUCAGUUUUAAUCGUCCAGUUCCUCAACAUUGAUAUUGUUUUGGAGGAUUUUUUUAUUUUAAUUUUAUUCAUUUUUUGGGAAAACCAAUAAAAUGUUGAGAAAAAGUGGCAAAA